AUGGUUGCCGACAAGAAUAAUGUGCGGAGAAAGGUCGUCUGUUUCUCAGACUUCGACGGCACAAUCUUUAUGCAAGACACCGGCCAUGUCCUCUUCGACAAGUACGGCUGCGGCGCCGAACGCCGCCAAGUCCUCGACGAACAAAUCAAGACCGGCGAGCGCUCCUUCCGCGACGUCUCAGAGGAGAUGUGGGCCUCCUUAAACGUGCCAUUCGAGAAUGGCUUUGACGUUCUCGCCGACACGCUGGAAAUCGACCCCGACUUCAGAGAGUUUCACACCUUUUGCGCACAGAAUGAUAUUCCAUUCAAUGUUAUCAGUGCGGGACUCAAGCCUGUGUUGAGGAAGGUGCUGGAUACUUUCUUGGGAGAGGAGGAUUCGGCGAGGAUUGAGAUUGUGGCGAACGAGGCUUCUAUUAACGAAGAUGGAUCGGAGUGGAAACCCAUCUGGCGCCAUGAUAGUGAGGUCGGACAUGACAAGGCUUUGAGUGUCAACGAGGCUCGAAUCCAGGCCCGCGACAACUGCGGUGAAGAUGAGGUUCCCUUGAUCGUGUUUAUUGGUGACGGUGUCUCCGAUCUACCGGCCGCUCGUGAGGCAGACGUCCUAUUUGCGCGCAAGGGUUUGAGGUUGGAAGAGUACUGCCAGGAGCACAAUAUCCCCUAUAUCCCGUUUGACACCUUUGCCGAUAUCAAGCGUGAGAUUGAGAAGAUUCUUGCAGAGGACCAGGCCAAGACUGGCGGUCAUGGAAAACCACUGCGCUUCAACCCGAGAGCGAACAUGUGGCGACGAGUGUCGAGCAAACAAGCUGUUCCUCGCUUCGUUGCUAUGACACCUUCAAAAGAAGAGCGCAUGUUCCUCUGGCCAGAGACAUUUUCCGAGCUGAAGGCUGGUCAACCAGAUGCAGCAGCCUUGAAAACGCCUGGUGUGACUACCAGUGCCGUGGCAUAA